AUGCUUGGUCGUAUUCAAGGUCUUACUGAAAGAAACGAGCUCAAGCUGCAGCAGGUUGGCCAUGAUAAGCAGCAGCAUUGCGAAGAGCAAUGCACGAGUCUGAAGGAGCGCCAAGACCUGGAGUUGCAGCUGCAAUUUGCGGAGCAGAAGAUUGAUGCUUUGCAGUCCCAGAAAGAUGCCAACUUGGGCCGGAUCCAGGUAUUGACAGAUGAGCGGGAUGAUUUGAAGUUGAAGCUGAAAUCUGAAAAGAGCAGUGCCGCGCUUUUAGAGGCCGAGCUCUGGAGGGCGCAAGAUGAGGCGGAGAGUCGGGCCCAGAGUUUGCGGCAGUGCGCGGUCGAAGAGCAGCAGCUCACAAUAGAAGUGCUGCAGCGCACCAAUGAUGACCUGCGGUCAAGGAUUCAACAGGCAGAAUCAAGGCUUCAAGAGGCAGAAGCGAUUCUUCAAGAUGCAGAGUCAAGGCUUCAACAGGCAAACUCCAGGCUUGAAGAGGCCGAACUGGCUGCGACCGUGGCUGAGGAUUUGCGGUCGGUGAUCAUUGAACAACAGGUCAAGACUGAAGCUUUGAGCUCAGAGCUUGCGGAUGCACAAUCGAAAGUAACAAGACUCUUCCAGAGCUUGCUGGUCCAGAACUUGACUCAGUCCAUCAGCCAGGAUCAGCCCAGUUUCAGAAAUCUGUCCCAUGAAGACCCAGUUUUCCAGGCACUACGACACUUUGCGACUUCCACCCUUGUGCAGCACAGAAGUUCUUACAACUCUGAUGAGUGGAGCUCUCCAGCGAAGCUCUGCAACUUUUGCAUUGAGCGCCUGCAUAAUCAGAUGCUGCUUCAGAGAUAUCAGUCGGAAAUCCAUGAUUUGACAAUCCUCCGGGGCCGUGUCCCGCCGAUUUCAGACCUGCAACCCGACGGAUCAAGCAUACCUUUUUUUGAGCUGGAAUUAAUGGAUGCCAGCCUGAACGAGGUCCUUCUUUUCUAUGGAGCGCCGCCUGAUGUUCUUGCGCAGAUCACGCUUGCAGGGUUCGACCCGCUGAGGGCUGGAGAACGGGCUGGAGCUAUGUUUGGCAGUGGCACCUACUUUGCAAGAACCAUAUCCAAAUGCGACUUCUACGCAAGUCGAGGCACGCGGCGGCAGGUGCUUUUGAGCCGCGUGCUCGGGCAUCACCAGGCCAAGCGGUUGGGAUCACAGGUUGGGGCCCCCGACGGCCCUUGGGGUGAGGCUUGCGACUCAUGGCCUUGA